AUCGGAUUUUGAUGUGUGAUAUUUCUCUGUUGUCGUUUUUAGUCUGGUUUUACCAGUGCUACCCAGCUACAGGCAUGCCAGAUGAUCAGGGAGAAAUAAUGUCUCCAGGGACCAAAUCACGUGACGACCACUGCCACGUGACGUCAGCAGCAGAUGGCAUGGGUACCAGCUCUGGCAGUUGGCAUCGAUGUCAUUUCUCUAAGAGCGACGGAGAGGUGAGAGAAUCGCGUUUGGCCGGGCGCGCCUACAGCAGGCAGGAGAAGUUCUUACACUGAGGAAAAAUGGACAUCGCCUGUUGACCCAGAAGAUCCAGCAGGACUACAAUGCUGACUUUACCGUUUGAAGAGCCGGUGAUGAUGGACACUCAGUUCGUGGCAAACUUUCCGCGGGACUGCGUGGGAGAGGCGAAGGUCACCAAACAUGACGCCUUCAAAAAAGAAGAGGCGCUCUCUCACACGGAUCUCAGGCUGAUGGACGAUGACGAUUCGGAGAAAGACGAGGACGAGCGGGACGAGGGCCCAGACGAGCACGACGCGCCACGGCGGCGAGGGCCACGCAAGAAGAAGCUGACCAAAGAGCGGAUCGACCGUGUGAAGCUGCGCCGCAUGGAGGCCAACGCGCGCGAGCGGAACCGCAUGCACGGCCUCAACAACGCGCUGGACAGCCUGCGCAAAGUGGUGCCGUGUUAUUCAAAAACCCAGAAGCUGUCCAAGAUCGAGACGCUGCGUUUAGCCAAGAACUACAUCUGGGCCCUUUCGGAGAUCCUCAGCACUGGUAAGAGGCCUGACCUUUUAAGCUUCGUACAGACGUUGUGCAAGGGCCUUUCACAGCCCACUACCAACCUGGUGGCGGGAUGCCUGCAGCUCAACGCCCGCAGCUUCAUCACCGAUCACGGUGCUGAGGCGUCCUUCUCGGCUAGAUCACCGUACGACGCCGUGUACCCGGCCUACCACGACGACCUGGCAGCAAGCGGGCACGGUGGGAGUGGCGGCAGCGGCGGAGCGGACGCUGUCAAACCCUUCAGGCCGUACGGCUACUGUGGUGCUUACGAGUCGUUCUACGAGUCGGCGUCUCCUGAGUGUGCGAGCCCGCAGUUUGACUGCCCGCUCAGCCCGCCGCUGAACUUCAAUGGGAUUUUCUCGCUCAAACACGAGGAGCCGAGUGACUAUGGGAAGAGCUGCCAUUACGGCAUGCGCUACUGCGCAGUACCCGGUCGCUCCUCCAUCAGUCAGAGCGCGGUGGCGCGCGGCUCCUCCGACCUGCACUUCCCUUACGACCUUCACCUGCGCGGUCAGUUCUACCCUGCCCAAGACGAACUGAACGCCACGUUUCAGAAUUAAAAAGGGAAAGCAAACUUUGCCCCCCCCACCAUUCAAAUCCUUCCCUUCCUUCACCUUUUCGGGGUAAUUGCUGAAAACAACGAACUUAAACCCGCACCAUGUAUUAUUUACAUCGCGCUCCAUUAGGAGCUCUUUGGUCGUAGGCCAACUGAUGUUUUAUGUAUUCAAGUUAACUGGAUGAAGUGAUUUGCUUAGGGCGGCGUGGGAUGUCCUUGAAAAACAGAACCACAAAUGAUGCUCUUGUUUCUUGUUUCAUUUAAUAUCACAAUAAAAAAACAUGACGGUGAUACAAAAAAAAAAAAUCCGACACGUUGGAUACCAUCUUUAUAAAAUCUAUGUAGUCUUUAUGUAGGCCUACUGUAUGUUUAUCUCCACUUGUGUAUUCUGCAAUAAUUGUUCACUUUUUAUUACGUUCAUGAAAAUUUACAGUAAGGUAAAACUCAAACGCCCAAUGCUAUCAAAAUACAAACGAUUCUCCUAAUUUUACAAGUUUGGAAUAAAUGAAUACAAAAGGAAGAGAGCAAUAAAUGCACAGGCAUCUAUGCAACACACGGGCUUUUUCAUGGCAAAACCAGUGAUCACGCCAUCAAGACCCUGCGUUUCUCCAGUACAAUACUUUUAUUCGUACUUUUAUUCGUAUCAAUUGAAAAGUGGGAUACUGCUGCCAGUUUUCGUUUGUGUACGUACAUCUAUUUAUUUACAUUCCAAGAGUUUAUUUUACUUUCGUAUCUUAUUACUACGAGCUGAAAAUAAGACGUGUUCGUUGUGUUUGACAUGUGAAAUGUGUGAAUGAUUUGAAUGUCUGGAUUGAUUAGUUGGCGUGUAGCCUAUUUUAUAUCUUCACUGAAUAACGAAAAUAAAUAUAUAGAGAAAUAUAAUAUCCCUAAAAAGAAGCAAAACCUAUUACCUUACUAUCUUGUUUUUAUAUUUUUUCAUUUCGUUGACCUUGAAAAUUUGGGACCUGGACAAUCUAAUUUAUAGGAGCAACAAAUUCACACUUUUUUUCCUAAAGAGGCGCAAAAAAAGUAACAAGCGUCAUGUUCAUAAAUUAAUAUUACAGUACAUUUAAUAAUCACUGGAUCCCAGAUGUAAUGCUUGUUAAUGUAAGUACAUUAUGCAACAGUUUGUUCGACAUUUCCUUUGUUUGUAUAUCUUUUUUAUGUACAGUCAGUCAAUGAUAUGAAGUUGGAGAUGUUGCGCACAGGCUCGAAACAAUCACGUCUACAAAUCUAUACCAAUUUAUUCGCAUUUUUUUAUUGAAGCAUGUACAAAUGUUUUGAUUGAACGGUUUGUGUCAUAGUGAAAUCAUGUCAUGGAAAUUCCUUGCCUUAAUGAUUAUAGUUGCCCAUCAGUUAUGCAAUGUAAUGGAUGUUUUCAGUGGUGGAAUCUUGUACAUCUUUCUCACAACACUAUACGACGAGAGGUUUUGUGCAAACGCUAAGAAAUGCACUAAAGCUGUUCUUGUGCAGAUUUGUACACUGUCACUGAGUUGUUUUGUAAAAAUAAAAGUUAAUAUAAAUCGAA